AUGCCUCUUCCCCCAAUUGCACCGUUUCCGCCAGCCAACCUCCGCCGGGAAAUCAUACCGGAAGAAUGGGAAGCAUGUCUAGAUGCCUGGAUUGCGCUCGCAGAAGCCCACUUACGUUCGGGAGACCAAGUUUUCCGUGCCUCCGCAACAGGAGACAGUCCGCUCGUCACGUUCUUGCUUACAUAUUUCCAUGAGGCAUCGGCUGCUGCUUCAAAGGACGUGUAUUUUCAAGGUCCAAAAGCUUCCAACUUACGCCGGUCAUGCUUUCUCUUAAGCCACAGGCUGCUUUCUGGGAAUCCUAUACCAUCAGCAUCACUGACAAGCUGGACUUUCUUGGCGGACCUUUGCCGUGCCUUCCCCAGGAGUGAGAGCCUCCGGGAUGUUCUUCGAAGUCUAUGGGCAAGAAAACGGGAGAAAGUAGAAGCUGAACUUCAGAAGCUCAAAGUAUCUCUUACCCAGAGCUUAGAGUCAGAUCAUCCGGACGUGGCCGAACAGGACAUCAAGCGCCUGGCUCCCCUGAUGCACGCAUCGCCUGAUGUUGCGGUGUUCUUCAUAGUCGGCUCCGAUUUUCUGGAUUCACUCUCUGCUGGAUACAUUAGAGCAUCUGCCGCCCUGCGAGCGCGGCUGGUCACGAUUGCAUAUCUGGGACUUGUGUCACUGGCCCGGGCCGCAAAACCAAACUACUCUCUCCUCUCAGAUCACCUGUACGGCCUCAAGAGUAAUGCGGAAGCGAUUCAGAGAGCAGAUUCGAGCUCAGGGUCUCUUCUUGCAGAUUUGGUCACAAACACGCCUAUCCUUCAGAAGAUAAGAGACAGUAGUAGUAACUCCGAAGGCGCGAGAGCCAAGAACCUGGCAGCCUCUCUAAGCGCUCUCCGUCUGCCAGCUGCAGCAAGACCGAAGAGGCUUAUCCGCCGGAAGGUUGACAAAGGCAAAGCGAGAGCGAGUGAUGAGUACGGCCAUGGGGCAUUCGAGGGAGGAGUUCAUGUGCACCGGAUGAGCCUGAUCAGCCAAGUGCAGGACCUGUUUCCAGACCUAGGCUCUGGAUUCGUAGUCAAGCUCUUAGACGCGUACGGAGAUGACGUGGAGCAAGUGACCGCGCAUCUCCUCGAUGGCUCCUUACCCGCUUAUCUGGCAGAAGCUGAUCGCACGGAGCAACUACCACAACCGGCAGAAACACCACCAGAGCUAGCACCACAUCUGGCGCCUAGGUCAACUCCGCCCCCACAGAGGCGCAACGUCUUCGACAACGAUGAGCUCGAUCGGCUCGCAGUCGACGCUUCUCGCCUGCACAUUGGCCGCAAGAAUGAGAAACUUACAGCCGACACCAUCCUGUCCGAUCGCUCUGCCGCGCCCCAGAAGGCAGCAAUCCUGUCCGCACUCGCAGCUUUUGACCUCGACGACGACGAACGCGACGACACGUACGACGCCGAAGAUGUCGGAGGGACAGUGGAACCCGGCUACGACGAAGUCGACAUCGAUGUUCGCGAGAAGAACGAAGAGGUGUUGUUCAAGGCGUACACGACAUCCUCUGACCUCUUCAACCGCGACGCCGCCACCAGACGCAGCAGUGCUAGGGCCGCCCUGAAGAACGAGACAGGCAUGACGGACGAGGCUAUCGAGGGCUGGGCGAUCAUGACUGGGAGAGAUCCGCGCAAGCUGAGGAGGCUGGAGGCCAAGUUCACCGCGUUCAGCGGGCAGCAAAACAUGCUUGCACCGACUGCAUACCGGAGCUCUCCUGCUGGCUCUGGUGCCGAAGAGUCCGAUAUGGACGGUGAAAGCGGGCGAGGUCGCGGUGGGCGGGGGGGAGCGAGAGGAAGGGGCCAAGGCCGUGGUGGCAGAGGAGGCAGAGGCGGUAACGUCGCCGGACCUGUUGACGAAAAAGGCACUCAGGUUGCGAGACAGCGGAAGGAAGCGAGUAAGGGCUCGAGAGCGAACCACAACCGAAGGGAUCAGAGGGCUCGAAAGAUGGCCAGGGGUGGCUUUCCGGGGUAG